UUUCUGUCCUUUGUGGUCGUGUCCAACAGUAACGAGGGGAUGGAUGAGUCCGAGCAGGAGCCAAUCAGAGGCCUCGCUACACAUCGGCCGAGCUACCCGACGUCUGACUCCGACAGCAGAGAGGAGGGACGGCCGCUCUUUAACGAGUCCCGACAACAAAGAUAUUUCCCUCCAAGAGGAACGAACCAGCGCUCACAUCCUCGCCAUUCACACAGCGGCCUUCUCCCCACACCUCCUCCACCGUUACGUCCCCUGCCCGUGGGACCCACUUUUAACCCGUAUCGAUGGACGCCUCCUCAUCCUGAGUAUCAGUGGAGACCUCCCCGCUCAGAGGAGAGGAGGUCCAGGUAUUCUCCGCUGGAGCCGGACAGGAGGUCGUCCUCCCGCCUGCAGGAGGACAGACGGAGAGCGCCUCCUCUUCUCCCUCGUUACUCCGCACGCUGGACCAACGAGUCCAACGAGUCCAACGGCUACGACAGACGUGAUGAGGAGUGGGGCUGUCCUCAAAGGAGACAUCACUUCAGUGUCCUCUUCAGAGGACGCUGAACUACGCUGAUGGUCACAGUUUGAGCCGCAACGUCCAAACAGAAGUUUACUGAAAUUCAAAGAGCGUGUGAAUGUCCAAGGCUGAUCCUGUAUCAGCGCUUUCUGUGGAUCUGUGUCUGCACAAAUAAAGCUGAAAAAAACA